AUGCACUGGCUCCGUGCGGCUUUGUUGCUUCCUGUAGCUGUUUCUGCGACGUUGAACUUGAAACAGUACAAACCAUCGUUGAACCAGCCCAAGUACUCAAACGCGAAGGCCGACUUUCAGCAAAAUGUCGUGAACAAGGCUCAAGGGGAACCAAAAUUCCUCACAGACAAGACCAAAAAGUUUGUCGUCAAUGGAACAAAGAUUCCCGAAGUUGACUUUGACGUCGGCGAGUCUUAUGCGGGAUUGCUCAACAUCGACAAGAACAAUGACACGGCCGGGAAGCUGUACUUCUGGUUCUUCCCAUCCGAGAGUCAGGCCGCCGACAAGGAGAUCAUGAUCUGGUUGACUGGUGGUCCUGGUUGUUCAUCUACCGGAGAACUCCUCUCUGAAAACGGCCCCAUGCUCUGGCAGCCGGGAAUGUUCAAGCCCAUCCGCAACAAAUGGAGUUGGCAUCGUAUCACCAACGUCGUCUGGGUGGACCAGCCUGUGGGUACAGGCUUUUCGCAGGGUACACCCACUGCCAAGGACGAAUUCGAUGUCGCCCGCCAGUUCCUCAGCUUCUGGCGCAACUUUGUAGACACCUUUGCCAUGCAGGGCUACAAGGUCUAUGUGACGGGAUCCUCGUAUAGCGGCAUGUACUGCCCUUACAUUGCUAGCGCCAUGGUUGACAGCAACGAUAAGGACUACUUCAACAUUGCCGGUAUGCAAAUCUUUGACGGAACAUACUCGGUCGACAGCAUCGGGGAGGAGAUUCCUGCAGUUCCCUUCGUGGAUCGAUGGGAGCAUGUCUUCGCCUUCAACGACACAUUCAGGCAGACAUUGAAGGAUGCACAUGAGAAGUGUGGCUAUGCCGAUUACAUGCGUAAAUGGCUUGUCUAUCCGCCUGCUGGACAACAGCCUGCGACAAUGCCGGGCUUAGAUGAGGACGGCAACGUGAAGACAGAGUGUGACACCUGGACCAUGAUCUUGGAGGCUGCGACGGAGAUCACCCCUUGCUUCAGCGUCUAUUCCAUCACAAAUCUCUGCCCGUUGAAGUACGACCCUCUUGGAUUCAGCGACGGCUCUAUGUACAGGCCAAAAGGGGCUGGACCAGUCUACUUCAACCGAGAAGAUGUCAAGAAAGCCAUCAAUGCCCCCUUGGACAAGGAGUGGGUCUUCUGCACCGAGACACCCGUGUUCUUCAAUGAGACCGACAACUCCAUUGACGAAGGGCCGGGAAGUCAACCGGUCUUACCCAACGUCAUCGACAAGACACGAAACGUCAUUCUCGCACACGGCACCAAGGACUUUGUGCUCAUUGACGACGGUACACUUCUCACGAUCCAGAACUUGACCUGGGGAGGGCAAAUGGGUUUCCAAAAGAAGCCCACCGCACCGCUCUAUGUGCCCUAUCACACCAACACUGACCCCGAGACGCUGGCCGGCGCUGGUGUGAUGGGUACGGUGCACUCGGAGCGAGGCCUGACAUAUCUUGCUGUAUCUACAUCAGGCCACUUCCUCGCACAGGAUGCCCCUGCCGUGGCGUUCCGCAGUGUCGAAGUACUGGUCGGGAGGCGUGAAGGUUUCGAGUCGACGAACACGUCGUUCACUAUCGAUCCUAACACGACAGCUCCUGUUGGAGAUGCGGGUAACGGUACAGUCUUGAUGUUCCCGCAAUCCAUGGAACCUGGGAGGGGUCAACUUUCAGGUGCCCAACCGGUGAGGAGCAGGGGGUCAGAGGUUUCUGCAGCUGGGGGUCAAGCAAUGUUUGCCAUGGCUUUAGCGACUAUUGUCGCAGUAUACAUGGAGUUUUGA